AGGGGUCUGAAUUCUCUCCGAAGGCACUGUGUGUGUGUGUGUGUGUGUGUGUGUGUAUAUAUAUAUAUCUAUCCUGUACCUGAUUUUGUUUGUCCCAUUUGUUGAUUUGAUUACUUUCUGUUUUUAAGACUGAACAAACAUGCAUAUCCAAAUGCUAAAGCAAAUAAAGAAUAAUUACUGAAUAUGCUGAAAAGUUCACUGGCAGAGAGGCUCAUUGGAAACCUGCGUCGAUAAGCAAAUGAUAAUACAGUAAAGUAUCCUCAGUGUCUCCCAUUGUGAUGCGCUUGUUGAUCUGAUCCAAAAAUAUUGUAACUGAUAGGCCUGAUACCAAGGCUCAUCCCUAUUACUGUCCCUUUUCGUUAUGUAAAAUGUCUUCAUUUGAUGUUAUUGGUGGUUGGUUUUUGGCCUCCUGUGUUAUUUGUAUUGUAGUACAACCUGUAUUGAGCGUCCCACUCUGGGAUGACCAUUGAUGGGAAUGGCUUGCUAUGUUCGGGGCUCCACGGGUUCCAGAGAGAGUCCUAAUGGAUAAGCCCUAUGGCUGCACUUGUUGGGUUGUUCCCCUGCCACCAUUCCCCAUCAAUUACAUCGUGUGAAUCACUAUGGCCUGUUUUAACAUUCCCUAUUUUACUCAUUUGUUAUUUUAUAGUGAUUAUUACAUGCCAGUUUACUUGAGGGUCUUGUUGAAAGGCUACUGCAUGUUCUUUUUCACAUUUCCUAUGUUUUCUCCCCAAACUGAGUAUUGGAGGGUUCCAAUGUUCUGAGCGCAAAAAUUUAUGAAUUGCUAUUUUCUAGAUUCUAUUGUCCUGUAAAGGUCUACAAGGCAAAGCCCAUGGUAUAUAGCAAGGAUGAGAUUUUAUUAUCCCAUCAAACGGUUCUAUUUUUCUAUUUUCCCUGUUCUGUUUUACACCUAUGGAGUCUGUGUGAACAGAGCCCUCUCAUGUAUUAACUUUCCAGUACUUUCUCAGCCUGUCAGUGAAAAUACACCAGACAGGAGAAAGAAUGAAGCAAAACCAAACGUUACUCCUAAACAUGUCGGUGUAUAGCUAUCCACUUUACCAUUUGUAGUUUAAUACUGUCUACAUUUUUUUUUUUAAACAAGGAUGUAUGUAAUUAUUUGAAAUGCAUUUAAAUAUUUUUGAGAAGCAUUCCUCCCCCUUCCAACUAUGGAAUUCUACUUUUCCCUAAAGAAUGGGGAUCUAUAUAUAAAUACACAGUAUAUGGGAGAAAUAAAAACUGUAAAAUAAAUAUACAUAUAAGUGCUAUACAUAUUGUGAUGUAAUCUUCCAAGCAUUUGGUGAAGUAUUCAAUAAACCUUGAAUUCAGAUCUAUAGCAGCACUUUUGACUUGGGUUGGUUGUUUCAGUGGAUGGAAAGUGUGAAAUAAUCUCAACUGUUGUAGGUUAGUGUAUAGCUUUUUGACAAUGCGUUUCUAAAGAUGACCAGUGUGGCGCUGUAAAUCCCCCAAACGUCUGAAUGUGUCGAAUGCAAUUUGGGGGUAACAAAGGUUACCAUGGAAAUUUGUAACAUCCUUUGUUUGGGGUGUAGCCACAGAAAAAUGAACACAAUCUAUGGUAUAGCUACAGUCCAUGUUCUUGUACAGCUAAAUCUGUAUGUUUCAUUUACUUCUGUAAAGACUCAAACGUUUAUUAAGAAAGAGAUGUGCAUUCAUUUUCAUCAUGUAAACCCCCAGUAUGUUUGGAACCGGGUCUGAGCCAUUGCACCAGCCUUGUUUUUUUGGUCUUCAAGACUUCCAUUUUCUGAAUACAAAGAAUGACACCGAUUUGAAAAACAAUACAGAGGCCUGAUCUGAAGGGGCGUGUCAUUAGCAAGUAAAACCAAGACCCGGGGGCAAAGAAGAAACCCAAGGAAACGAAUUAUGACUUACAACAACAGAGAACUGGUGGUAUACUAUAUUACCUAUAAACUAUCACAGAGAGACUACCCCUUCAACCACAUUGGGCUCACAGAAGCUCCCAGUCGGACUGAGGGGGAUGAAGGGGGACAGGUGGAAGGGGGGGCGGCAGUCACGACACACCCCAACGGCACAGUGAACGGGACGAGUCCUGGGACUCCACCGCGACAGUCUACCCCCUCGUCCCCUCAGCGGACAAUGGGCCUGGACGCAGUGAAAGAGGCAUUGCGGGACUCUGCCAACGAGUUUGAGCUGCGUUAUGCCAGAGCAUUCAGUGACCUGUCCUCCCAGCUGCACAUCACGCCGGCCACAGCCUACCAGAGCUUCGAGAACGUGAUGGAUGAGGUUUUCCGUGACGGUGUGAACUGGGGACGUGUGGUGGGCCUGUUUGCCUUCGGAGGGGCCCUCUGUGUAGAGUGCGUGGACAAGGAGAUGAGCCCACUAGUGGGACGGAUUGCAGACUGGAUGACUGUAUACCUGGACAACCACAUUCAGCCCUGGAUCCAGAGCCAAGGAGGAUGGGACCGGUUUGCAGAGAUCUUUGGGAAGGACGCUGCAGCUGAGAGCAGGAAGUCUCAGGAGAGCUUUAAGAAGUGGUUGCUGGCGGGGAUGACACUGGUUACAGGAGUCAUCGUAGGGUCACUCAUUGCUCAGAAACGCCUGUGAGAACGACAAGCACAGACGCCGUCUUGUAGGGGGUGGAAAUGAAGGAACUUUUUUUACUUUCGUAUUUCUCCUUUAUUUGCCAAGAAAGGACAUGUUUACGGUUUAACCUUACAUCCCACAAUGCACUGAGGUCUCUCUGACAAACUGUUGAGAUUAAAGAGAGAAUGAUGGUCACUAUAAUGUUACCCUCAUCAAACACCUUCCUGCAACACCCUAAAACACAAGAAAAUGGAGGCGGAUAUAACUGUCUUGGACCAAAUGUUCCUCAGUUUCCUUUUUACUCUUGCCUGUAUCUUCUCCAAUUGCUGUAUUCAUUUGAUUUUACAAAUUUACUUUCAUUUUGCAUGAUGUGCUCCAUCUAUAGCAAGUCUGUGCUGAUGGGGCUAGUAAAUCCCAUCUCUGAGGUUUGUCUUGUUGAUGGUCUCUAACCCCCACCAGUAUGAUGGUCGCCAUCUGGACUGACAGAAGGAAAAACUUGCCACCUGUAAAAGGGGGGGGGGGGAAAUAGCACUGAAAAUCAACAUCUGUCCACCUAAGUGUAGUUUUGACAUGGCUGCUUUGUAGAUGCAGUGCACUCCAAACAACCUAGCCAGAAGACAGCCAAUAUCACACUCACUAGCUCAAUAUGUUGUUAAUUGUAAAUGUAUUAUUUCUUUUUUCAUCUAAGUUGUAUGUGAGUGGUUAAGUGUAACAAGUGAUUGAGACAGUUUUCGAUCUUGACUCUAGUGCACCACGUCAGGCGCAUUGGCCUGAAAUGAGUGAGGUGAUACAAUUUUCCAUGUGUGUUCAUUGGUUUGUGUGUUAUUUUUUUAAACCAUUAAAACCCAAGUGAUAAUUUCCUGUCCUGAUGGUGGUAAAUGCGUACCUGACACACACACCGCCCUGGCUAGACAGAACACAAGGUGCACAACAAACCAAGAGCCAGUGAUGAAGAGGAGUAUUUAUUCUAGCAGCUGUUGGUACAAAGGCUGUUUUCUUUUUAUAAUGGAGGAAAAGAUUGUUCAGUAUUUACAACUUGCAACACAACCUAAUGAUUUGUUUCACUAAUAAGAUAGAUUAAUGAAGCAGAAACGCUAUUUAGCGGGUUAACAGAUCCUUUAGACUUCUAACGUGCAUAUAGCUCUUGAGACAUGAGAAACUGUUGGCAGGCAGGCAGGCUUCAGGGCGGGACCCAUUCAACCUGCCACCUCUGUCUCCGUGCGUUCGUUUCCACACAAUGUGGCACAUUCAUUUCUGUUCUCCCUGUCACGGCAGCUGAGGGCGUGCGUCACUCAACACAGGCCCACCUGCUGUUCAGAGCACAUCUCCUGUCAAACCUAGUCGACAGAGACGGAGGAAAACCAUUCCUUAGUUUCCAAAAUCUUUAAUUUAAAUACUGUCAGUCAGGAGGGUGUUUGUCAUCUGGCGAUUUUAUGGUGUCACGCUCCUGAGCUGACAGUUGGGUGAGGAGAGAGGCGAGAUGGGUGCAAUCCAUCUACUCACAUUCUAACCUAUCUCUGCUUCAGGGAAUGGAGCCCUAGGGGGUCUUGUGUAGCAGGUACAGUUAUAAACACAGUCCAGACUUACAUCAGCCAGAGGCUCCUGUUUCAAAGCUGGAUUGAUGCUCUCACACUUGCAGUGGUUUUUCCCCACAUUUUAUUUGAAAAGUGUAGCAGAGCUAUGUUUGGACUGAAGGCAUAACUUUUUUUCCUAUGUAUUUAUGUCAAAGCUCUGAGUUUGUUUAUUCAGCCCAUGUUUUCUAUGCAUUUCCUGCAAAAUGUUGGUGACAUAACAGAUUUGAAAGUACAUGUCACAUGUCUGCUUUUCUCUAUUGGCAAUGAAUAACUUUGGUUUCAUUAGGAAACAGACAAAGCCUGACGUACAGUGCUCUCCAGGGUAUUUAGGUGAGUCUGCUGAUGUGGAGCAUGUGUUCAGGUAUGCCAUCACCCUGCUUAGGGUCUUGAUGCUCUUCUCUACCUGAUUAUUUUUCAGUCUGUCUUAAGACAUAUUGGAUUCUCCAGGGGUCAAGGUUUUCACUUUACCUAUGACUAAAUGCUACUUUUAGAUAAAUAUUUGCCAACUGAUCAUGAACACACCAUUUCAUCACAGAUCUGAUUUGAUGAUACAUUCCAAUACAGUAUAUAUUUUUCUAGUGUGCCCCACAGAAAGCUGCUUGCAGGCUUUUCUGCAAUGUUACCUUUUUGUUAUUUAAAGUUCCCUCCACCUGAGAUUGUGUAGAAUGGACUCUAUGGCAAAUGUUUGCAGGAGGUACAAGAAGUAAUCUAACCCGCAUUGACACCACACUAUGUAUACUAGUUAUUUAAAACAAGGAUUUUAGAAUAGUAUCAUAGCUUAGUAACAUAUUUAAGAAAUAAAGUGGCUUUGAAAUGUUAUUUAAGAUAUUUAGGGGAAAGUAUAAUGUCCCUUCAAAUGGCCUGAAAUUCCAUCUUUGUAUAUGGCUGCAUUUACACAAGCAGCCUAAUUUGUAGUUUUUCCAAUCACAUGUUUUUCAGUUCUGCAUUGGGGCUGUUUGUUUAAAUGUAUCCAUUGUAUUUGUGUUUAAACUGCUGAAAUAGUUAUUUCCCCAUUUGAUAGCAAAAAGCAGGGGUGUCGAGCUCAUUCUAUGGAGGGUCAAGUAUCUGCAGGAUUUCUUUCAAUUAUGCUCCAGGUGUGGAGAGUUCAUUAGUGACCUUAAUUCCUCAAUCAAGGACAAGGGAAGUGCAAAAACCCAGACACUCAGCCCUCUGGAAUGAGUUUGAUACCCAUGGUUUAAAGGAGUGAACAUGUUGAAUGGUCUGUCAUACAAUUCCAAUGUAAUGUGUAGAUUACAUGAAACUAAUAAAGACCCAUCUGGAA